GAUUUGCAUGAUUUUGUGUGUCGGUGUCAUAUAACAAGAACAUCGGCCCCUAAUCCGAUUAGACCAAUUCGUCUUCAUUCUUAUUCUUCAGAUAACUACAUUUGAUAACCUCAAGUUCCUUUCGAUGUUCCGUCUAUUGAUCCCAACCUAAAAUAACUCAAAACAGAUUGGAAAAAAAAGUCGUACAAUCAGCUUAAAAACUGGCGCCCUAAGCUCGACAAAUAUUUGUACUUUCAUGUGCCACGAUCGACCAGAGGCCGUGAAGUUACUUGGAUCAACAAGUUAUUGGGUAAUGUUUUUCUUAGAUUCAAAAGCCUGUGAUGUUAUCAUAUGAAAGACGAGCCGCCCACUAGCGAUAUCGAUCAGCUAGAAGACACCGAUCACUGCUCGUGUUCUACAAGUUAUAAAGUCACUUAUUGACAAGUACGUUGCCUCGCAUGCUCACAACUAUAUCAUGGUUUGGUCCAAUUUAUUCGUUACUCUUGGAUUGCUAUGCAUUUACUGCCUGCAAAACACAGAACAGUGUUCACCUCCAAAAGGCUGGCGGCCAAUGCAGCCGCAUGAAAGAGCAGAGAAAGCAGAGAUCGUAGCAUUCGGAACAGUUGUCGAGAGUCCACAAAGCGAGCCCGAUGCUGUAGUCGAAGGACGAUUCUACACUGUACUUCUCAAAGUGCACUGCAUCGUCAGGGGACCCAAGUUGCCUCAAUAUAUCAAUGUAUCUGGAUUUUCAGAUUUUUCCGGUGGAUUAUGCGUACAUUCAAAAGCAUUUUUGAACAAAUCGUAUGUCGUAUUUUUGGAAUUAGAUCAUGACAACCCCGGUGAGUUUCGAGUGCUUGAAGUCAACAUUCAAAAGGGAGCCGUUCACGUUGGACACAAAUUUGCGGUUUUAAGAGAGGUAAUGUUACUAUUUGGACAGAACGCUUCGUUGCCAAUCGGUGCAGACAAAAACGUGAAACCCGGAUGUCCAGAUUUCGCGAAUAACCGAGGAAUAUUCCGAGAUCCUGAACCAAACAAACGCAAGCAGUCCAAAGCAUGUCGAUGCAGAAAGAAAAAGCAGAAACGUAAGAAAAAGAAGAGAUUUAGGGGUAAUUUAAUGAAAAGCAAAGCAAAAUUGGAGGACGUCACAAGUAAGCCGACUGUUCCUCGAACACGAAGAUACAACGUGCUGAAUCUCGAACAAGACAAAGUUGAAAAAGAACACCAAGUGCCGCACUCUGUAAAAACAUUGUCAUUUUCGAACACUGCGUCGCACCAAUCAUUAGCGCGGUGGUGUUUGUUCUUGUUGACUUUUCACAGCCUUGUUGUUUUUAUGCUGUUACCAACUUGAAUUCUAGUGGUUGUUGCUCGAAGGUGAAAAGCUUUUGGCGUAAACAAAGCUGUAUUCUUUGUAUGGAGCAUCAGAGAAUUCACCGAGCGAGAUAAUGAAUCAUAUGCCUGACGAGGAGCUUGAGACAGACAGUGCGUUGUUUAAAACAUCUCCAAACCUCUAGAAUAUACAAUAAACUAACCAAGCCUCCGACACGGGAACCCUCAACGUAAGCCAUUUAUCUAUAACCACCGUUUACAACGAAUAAUCAAUAAGUUAGUUGCGCUAGAAGCCCCCCACCUGAAAUGUAAUUACAUAGGGACGGACAUGUACAAUAUAUUCCACGCACGUUGGUGUGUGUGGUCAAAUCUGCAUUGUACUUAAAUAAGAUAUUUAGCCAAAACAUUACUACAGCACAAGUACUUGAACGCGCUUAUACAAACAAUUAUAGCGGCCAGUAAAGUGAGUGCGUAUUAACUUGGAUUGAGAAAUAGCACAUAGGCUAGACGUAUAUACGGAUUUGAAGAACAAUUGCUAAGAGUACGCUUUUAAAGAAUUCGAAAAACCAUUAUCACCUUUGUCGAUACAAUAGUAAUCAAGGGUGUUUGAAAAUUAAUGAAGCGAUGACGACCUAGUAAAUACAGCAACUGAAUUGGUUGCCAGAUUCAAAGCUUAAACAGAAGAAAAGCAAGAUGACUGUAUUGGAACAAAACGUAGAAAGCCUUGAGGUUUUUCACUAAUGAACGAACAAUGAGUUGUAAAAAAAGAUCUUCAUUGUUGACUAACGAAGGGAAAAAAAUUCCUAAAGCAAUGUAAAUAAAAUAUCUCUAUGUAAAAAGUAUAUCAAGAAGCUUUCUUGUUCUACGAUGUUAAACUCAUUUGAAGGAUUUUCGGCUCAACAAAGCUGGACCGGAUGUGUUUAACAGUAGACAUUGUUGAAAAUUCAUGAACUUGAGACGCCGUUUGAACAAAGCAUUGAGUGGCGAUUAGGUACGACUGAUAAUCGUUCAAUUGUAAUUUAACACUAAAGCAAACUCUAGGAUGAAGGCCAUUGGGAUAAAAAUCCUCGCCUGCAACGACGCGAUAGUGUAAGGUAUUUGUGUUAUGAGGGUUGAUAGUUUGGGCACCCAAGUUUAUGGGGAACAGAACUUUAUGGGGACCGUAUCGCGUGAAAAUGGAGUUCUAAUCCGAGAAGGAAUUAACGGAUUAGUGUCAUAAGACCAACUCUGGGUGAUGCAGUCUUGUUAAAAAACUGCGGUUUGUUUGUGGUAAAAUAUACAUAUGGAAGAAAAGAAACCGGCUAAUCUGUUCAAAAGGCCAACCUAUUUGGUUAGAUAACCUAAAGGGUCGUAAAUUGAUUGCCUAGUUUAGGAUGUCAGUAUAAACAUGCUCGUGUAUGUUACCGCUUAGCUAAGCUAAUCGAUUUUCUCUGCAUAAAGUUAUUUUACAUGUAGAAUUUUUAUUUGCUUUAGUGAUUUUUGUUCUCAAAUGAAUGUGAGGUUGAUUGCUCUACGCGUGAAAAGGUCAUUCCUUUUAACCCUCCUUAUUUCACCGAAGUUUACGUGGGAAGCCUUCCCAACAAUAGGUAUAUAAUCCACAAUCAAUCUUUUGGUUCUGUCUCGCCUUAUAUCCAUGAAAAAAGCACAAGUACAGUUCGGCUUGAAAGUGAUAAAACUGUAGACGUACAUAGACGAGCAUCGCACAACAACGGUCUACAAGCGUUGUUUGUUUUUGAAACUAGCUUAAUGUAACACGUUGUAAACAAUAAUCUCGGCGGGAAGUUUCAUAUACUCUAAUCCGUCGAAUUUCUAAACUAUUGACUAUCUUUCCAAGAAUAUAUGUUUAUAUUACUCCAGUUAUUGACUAUAAAAGGAGAUAAAUUGAGCAGAAUUUCUGGCCAUCUUUGUACCGUUGAGCAACAGUCUUCGGCAUAUACAAACAAGAAAUUGUCAUUACAGAGGUCGUCUAUCAAUGGACAUAAAACGGAAGUCGCCACACGCGUAAAAGAAUUUACUUCAGUUCAAAACUGUUACAUGAAGUAAGUAGAUAACUGAGUUUGAUAAUACUUAAUCAAUGCUUAAUUAAUUCUUAAUUAAUGUUGUUAAAGAGAUUAGGGGGAAAAGAUAAUGAGGGUUAUUGUCAGUGUGAGAGAUUAAGAAUGACAAACCUCGUUAAAGAGAAAGAGAUUUUCUGAAUCCCAAUAUUUACACAUAUGGAACAUAAUUGUCUUCGUGUUCUGUUUAUGAGACUGGUUUGCAAACAUUCUUUUUUUCGUCUAAAAUAAAGCAUAAAUUUUA